CCCUCUCUCUCUCUCUCUCUCUCUCUCUCACUCCCUCACUCUCUCACUAUAACUACACACUCACUCUCUCACUAUAUAUAUAUCUCCUUGAAAAAGAGAUCUCUUGGAGAUCUUCUCGACCCUCAGCCUAUUUUCUGCCCCUUUCUUUCUUCUGCUGCCCGCUUUUAACAUUUCUCUUCUCCUCCUUCAAAUGACCUCAUUCUUCUCCUCCGCCAUCGCCGUCGUCUCGCCGCCGCUCCGCCACUAAACCCCCCACUCUACACCCGCCAUGGAUUUCGCCCCCCCCUCACAGAACAAACAAACUUCGCCGGAUCAGGAUGCCCCCGCCCCCCCCGAAAACCCCCCCGGAUCUGAAAAUCUGAAGCGCCACCGACCCAUCCCCGCCGCCGGCGACGGCUGGAGUUUCCCCAAAUUGCCCCGCCCCGCCGAACCUGAUUACUCCUCAAAAGCUCCCCUGAUUAGGCAGCCCCAUGGCUUCGGGAGAUCCAAUCUCUGGCCCGCCGACGACGGCCAGAAAAUGCUUUCUUUCUCCUCCUCCACCACCGCCGUCUCUGCCGGAGGCGGCUCCGGCUCCGGUUCCGGCUUCGGCUCCGGCUCCGGCUCCGGCAGGAGCAUCACAUUCUCCCAAGCCCAAGACGAGCAAGAUAAAAGUGGUUUCGUUCGCGGAGUAUCGUCGUCUCCAUACGCAAACGCAAACGCAAGAAUGAGAGGUCCCUUCACUCCAUUACAAUGGAUGGAAUUAGAACAGCAAGCCCUAAUUUACAAAUACCUGGUCGCCAACGUUCCUGUUCCUCCUCACUUGCUCGCCCCUCUCCGGCGACCUGCCCCCGCCCCCACCUUCGCGUCGCCGGCGGCCUUCGCCUCCCACAUCUUGGGGUGGGGGGGACCUUACCCUACGGGGAACGCCGGCGGAAGCAAUGAUCCGGAGCCGGGGCGUUGCCGGAGGACCGACGGGAAGAAGUGGCGAUGCUCGAGGGACGCCGUCCCCGACCAGAAAUACUGCGAACGGCACAUCAACAGGGGAAGGCAUCGUUCAAGAAAGCCUGUGGAAGGCCAGCAGACUGGCCACGCUGUCGCCGGCCCCAAAGUGGCGCCGAUUGCUCCUUCCUCAUCUCCGGCAGCAUCGGUGAUGCCCGGCGUCAGCGUCGGCACUGCCGCCGCAAUGCACCAGCAUUUUGGUCAGCAUCCCAUUACGGGUGGUCUUUCUACCAACAAUCUUGUCGCCAGGUCCCAAGCGUUCGACAGCCUUUCGUUAUUACCGAACCCAACGGUCGGUCUGAAGUCUAAAGAUGCGGCGGCGUCGUCAGCAUUUGCCGUUCAGAAGCAAGAUUUGUCGCAGUACGAAGAACCAACCAGCUCGGAGUUUGGACUUUUCCUGUCCGAGGCGCUCCUCAAUUCCAACGAACGACUUCCCUACAUCGACGACGACGACCAUUCCAACGCUUUCCUCAAUUUCGACGACAAAGACGCAACCGAAAAUCAACUCAUCCACCAGUUCAUCGACGAUUGGCCGAAGGAUCAGUCCCACCGCCCCUCGGCCACCUGGCCGGAGGAAAUGAAAUCCGACUGGACCCAGCUCUCAAUGUCGAUCCCCGCAGCUACCGAAUUUUCGUCGUCGUCUGCAUCCCCGGCACAGGAGAGAUCCGCCAUUUCGAUCCCGAGGCCCGGCCAGUCGGUCCAGAUGAGCCUCGGCAUGAGCAACGAUUUCGGACAGCUGAUUCAUAAGCAACCGCCGUGGUUCCCGGUGACUUGGGGGAAUCCGAUGGGCGGACCCCUCGGCGAGGUCCUGAUUAAUACAACACCCGGCGCGGAAUCCGUCGAGAAUAACCCGACUAUCGAUGCGGGCCCGAUGAAAACUACCUGGAGGAACAACAGCCCGCAGAUGGAGCUGUCGCCGAGCGGGGUUCUGCAUAAAUCGAACUUCGUUUCGCUCUCGAACAGCUGCUCCCCCAGAAGCCCGCCCAGCAUUGCUACCGAUGACAAGAACGCUGCCGCCGCUGCCGCAGCAGAAAAGGCUCGUCUCUGCAACGAAUUUGUCGCCAAUUCUGCGGCGAUGUAACGGCUGCCGCCGCCGGGUGGGAUGUGUAUCUGUUGGAUUAUGUAUGUUUAAUUUUCGUUUUCUUGAUUCCAAUAAUGGAGUCGUGGACUUGUUUUUAUUUAUUACCUGCUUUGUUUGUGACAUUGGUGGUGCUUGUGAUUGUGUUUGAGCUUGGGUUCGGACAUGGUUUUUUUUCUCUUUUAAUGUGGUUUUGUGUGUGCUUUUAUAGGAUGCAAUAUGAACUAAAGUGAGAUAUUAGA